UUUGACCCCAACACUGAACACGAAAACUACGGGGAUAAGGUCGAUGCGCGAGAUAUCCCUCUGUUAUAUCUCGAGACGAAGAUUCAAAACGCUCCUGUGGGGUCACCUCAAAGACAAGAAGCUCAGAAGAAUCUGCUUGAGGAAAUAAAUCACAGGAAACAAAUCGAUCAGAACAUUAUAGAGAUUCUUAGACUUUCACUCAAAAAAACCGAUGUCUUAGAUCUCUUAACUUCCACAAGAACAACAGGACAACCUGUUGUAGAUGAUUGGGACUGCUACAAGACUCUGGUUAAAAGUUUCAAGAAUCAAUGUGGAGCAAAGAUGGAAUACGAUAUGAAGUAUGCAGGAGCACUUGCCAAUAUCUGCAAUAUGGGAGUGGAUGUGAAGAAAAGUGUUGCAGCUAUUGAAGAAGCUUGUGCCCAUUAAAUUAUAUGCAAAAAAUAAUAUUGUGAUCGCCUUAUAAAUAUGAAAGUUAUUGCAUAACAUUUGAUUGUGUGGAGAUGGUUGAUGCCUAUUUUACUUGAUAACGCGAAAGUCUUGGUCUUAAAUUGGAUUCAUAGUAUAAUAACCUCGUACCAAUUCUAGUUUCAAGAAUUCACGCGAAAGUCUUGGUCUUAAAUUGGAGAAUGAGUAAGUGAUCGGAUAAGGCUCGGCGGCACUCGAGUCAACAUCUCGUAUUCACGUGUUAUGCUU